GAGAAUAGAAAGUACCUCUUCUAUUUGCAACGCCGACCGACCUAAGAGUAAAGAUGGAGUGAAACGGGGUUAUCUAUCUAUCCAUCGAUCAUCGCGAACAGUUUCGUUAAAGAUCUACAAAGAAAGAAGAGAACUUCAAUCAUUUCCAAGGUAAUACACAACAGAUCUUUGCUUUCAAUCAGCAAAAUAAGGUGGGUAUUUCUCAGGAUCUGAUUAUUAAAUGGUUGUUUAGCCUCAUUUUGUAAAUGGGGAAACCGUUGUUCUACGAGAUCCUUGAAAAACCCGCUACUAGUUGUGUUAUAGGAAUUUGCACUGUAAUUUGGUUUUAUAUACAGAAGAAGAGCAUUGGGUAUUCUCAUGUGGGUUUGAGUUAUGAAACUGCUGUUGAAGGUCACCAUUGGAGGAUCAUAACCUCUGCCUUUUCGCAUAUAAGUGUUCUUCAUCUUGUUUUCAAUAUGAGUGCUCUUUGGAGCCUUGGAGUUGUUGAGCAAUUAGGGCACAUGGGUUUAGGAGUGGCUUAUUAUCUUCAUUACUCACUUGUAUUGGUCGUAUUAUCCGGUUUGCUGGUUUUGGGAGCUUAUCAUGUUUUGAUCAAUAGAUUCAAGAUUGAGUAUUUUCGAAGAGUUACUGCUGUUGGGUAUUCUUGUGUGGUUUUUGGGUGGAUGACUAUUCUUUCUGUGAAACAACCCUCAUCUAAGUUGAACCUUUUCGGGUUCCUUUCACUUCCCAUUAGUUUUGCACCAUUUGAAUCACUUAUAUUUACUUCAAUCAUUGUUCCACAAGCAAGUUUUUUGGGGCAUUUAUCUGGGAUUAUUGUUGGGUAUUCGAUCGCUUGGGGUUUGAUCCAUGGAAUGAACAAUUACUGGGCAGUUUCUAUGUUGGGAUGGACACUUCUUGUGUUUAUCAUCAGUUUGAAGCAAUCUGGUGCUUAUGAUUUCAACUUCCUUGAGAUUGAAUCGGUCACGGAUCCUUCGUUGCCAGGCAAUGGCCGAAUGCUGCAAAUGAGUUCGCUUUUGGAUGCUCAUGAAGAACUUGUAUAGCUCCUCCUCAAGAGGCAUGCCAUUCUUGUCCAUUCACUUUUCGCUUUCCGAUUAAUUAUCAUCAUUAAUUAUAAUGUUUAUGUUAGUUUCGUAUAUGUGCUUAAAGAAGUAGUCUUGUUGGCUGUUAUGGAACCUUAGUUUUGACAAGUUUCCAGUGAAAAUGUUUGCUACAUUUCGUUGGAAUUAUGUGUACAAUAUCAGAUCUGAUUAUCUAUGGUGAUACCAAAUAAAAUUUUGCAGCUGCAUAUUUCU